CGUCAUGACACUCGUUCCUUGCUGAUUUUGAAUUCCUGUCACUCACUUGCGACUCCAUAUCGAAUAUUAUUGUUUUAUGAUUACUUCGACAGCCCGAAAGGACGAAUCGAACGGAUCACGCCCCGCGGGCAUCGCGUCAGGCGCUUUGCGACUCGAUGCUUCUUCGGCUAGAGUCGCGCCAGGGGCAUUUCGACGACGACUCGAACAUCUCACACGCUAGCCCUGAAGGUAUCCAACGCGUUAAAUAAUCUCAACGAUGCUGUCGCAUCUCCGAUUUCACCGAAGGGCGCCGUCGAACUCUGUCUCUCCUUUGGCCGAGCACGCCGCCGCCUGGGAUGCUGCUGCGCAACGCGAGCAUCCGCUGCCGCCUCGAGAGGUCUCACCGCGCCCCGACGCACGGCCACGUUCCCCAAGCUCCUCACAUCUGCCGCCGAAGUUACCCCCAAUCGCCCGAGUGGCGUCGACCGGCUCCGAGGAACUGUUUGUCCCGCGCGACGAUGCUCCUCCCGGCUCCCAAGAGGCACGCCAGCUGUCGGCCCGUCCCACUCCCGACGAGCAAAACAAACCAGGUUUCAUUGGCGGCGUGGCUCUGGAGAAGUACAGGAGAGCUGCCCAGGAACAGGUCCCCGACGCUGUGAAAGCCAUGACUGGCCCACCUCCUGACACUCAGCUCUCCAGGGCAAAACCUCCGCCGCCCCCAAUCAACACGGGACUUGCGGCGGGGUCAGCCGUGCCAGGAAACAAGCAGGCCAAAUCUUCGUGGUUCUCUACGCCUAGUGACUUUCAGGGAUCCGCAGUGUCUGGAAAAAGGCCAACAGCACCUCGGCAGGGAAACGACACGGCACCAGCUCCGGCAUCGGAGCCGCCAAAGGGGAAGAAAGGGCUGCCAUUUUUGAAAAACCCCGUAUCGUCGCUGCUGAUGAGGAGGAAGACUGCGCUUGCUGCAACAGACACCCAGCCUCUCGCUCCAAGCUACGACCCUCGAAUCAAGGGCACAAGGGUGCAUGACUUCAGUGCGCCAAGGCCAAGAAAGGCAGUAUUAAACGCCGACUCAGCAUCGGCGAGGGACCAAGAAGGAGCCUCUGCAGUUGCAGGCCUGGGAGAUCAAAGCGAGCCAACGACUUCCCACCUGGUCAGAGAGGGUUCCCUGUCGCUCUCCACUGAACAUUCCGGGCAUGCCAAGGACGGGGCAUCAUCGCGGUCUGCGGAUGACGCGGACCACACUCAAAGGGGACCGUCGACGAGCACACUUUUAGCUGGGCAGCCAGCACUCACGCCGAGUCACGAUGGCCACAGCCUUCACGCAUCAUCAUCUAUUGCCUCCAGAGACACCCAGGUCGCCCCCUUGCCGCCUGCCACCUCGGCCUCAGUAAGGACCACGGCAUCGCGCCAGCUGUCCGUAUCUGCGACAUCUGUGCGCGACUCUGUUGCAUCCGCUAUCCCGAGACACAUGAAGAGUACGUCUUCGAGGUUCAGUUUUGACAUGAUUGGCGCCGCCGAACAGGAAAAACUGUUGGAGGAGAGGCACCGUCAGCGGGAGCACGAGAAGAAGCUAUCCGAUGACCCGGCCGAUGGCGACGCCCGAUUCGACGACUUUGACGAGGAUUUUGACUACGAUGCAAUGAUGGAUGAUGAUGGGCUGGAAGAGCCGAUCCCGGGGGUCAAUGCCGACUACGACUACGAUUACGACUACGAAGACGACGAGGACCAGGAAGCUGCCAUGGACCCCGACAACGACCAGGAGAACUUUGCUGGGUUUGUGUUCCAGCGCUCAGAUCCCGCAUCGUCGCUCGUUAGCCCACACACGCCGGGGAUGGUCCCGACACCGCGAGAUGCAAGUGGUAAGGUCAUUGGGUUUGCUAUGACCAAAGACACGACGCCGGCCACUGAUUCGCCCUUAUCUCCUGCCCCCCUGAUGUUGCAUAAAAACGACCACUUAGCGCUUGACUAUAAUGUUGAAGAAACCACCCCUCAAGAAAGGCCAUGUCGAUCUAGCUUUCCGUCUGCAACUGAUGACACGCAAUCGCCUCCCCGCGCCGACACCGACGAUAUCUACUUCGAUGACGGUUUGGCGGAUGAGCUGGAUUUUGAGCACGACGGCACCGUAUUUGACGAGUCGAUAUUUGACAAUAACGACACAGAUCAGUACGGGAGGCCCAUCCCCGGUGCUUUUGCGCUGGCCAAGGAGGCCAUGCAGGCUGCCCAGCAACAGCAGCCUUCCAAGCGCGACUCCGACAUGACGUCUAGUGCGUCGCGGCAGUCGGGGCAGUCAUGUGCGGUUCAGUCAACGGCUCAUACGUCCAUCACUGUAGGCCAGCACCCAUCCGGUCUUCGAGCCGAUGGUUCCUUGAAACCACCAGCCGAAUCUCUCGUCGGGGUCGGUCAAGACCUGGCCUACCAAGCCGCGCUGGCCGAGGCCGCACAGAAAGCAGCGGCAUCAGGCAAGUUCCGGCGGAGCUCGUCGCCGGAAGUUCUCGCCGGACUUGCCGACCCGCCUCCCGACAACACCGACCUCCAAGACCCCGACACCAACGAACACCUCGACGAUUAUGACAACGAUGGCUUCACGAAGGACUUUGACGACUUUGAUUUUGACGACGAAGCCAUCAUCGCCGAAGCCAACGCCAGCGCCUUGGCAAACGACUGUGACGGUUUCUACGGCCAGGAAUUCGGCUUCUACUCGGCCCCCGUCCCCCACCACCACCCCCAUCCCAUCCAAUCCUUCGCGUCCUCCCCAGGCGGCGGCGUCCUCACAUCCGAAAACCUCUUCCAGUACGCAAACGGCGGCUACUUCGGUCCCGCCUCCGCCGCGGGCCUGCUCAACCGCAGCAUGUCGGGCCGCGCGGCCGUGCGGGAACCGAAUCUCACACCCAUCACGGAGAGAUCCGAGUACUCGAACCGCAAUUCUGUCAUGUCGUUUACGCUGCCACCCGCGAUUGGGGGUAGCGACACGGGCGGGCGGAACUCGUCGCUUUCCAUGGCCGCGGCGUCGGCAUCGCCUGGCCUGGCGCAGCUGGCGCUGUUGCCGCAUGAUUCGGACGAGUGGGAGAGUAUGAGCCUGGCUGGGCUGAUGAAGUUGAGGAGUAAGGCUUGGGGUGGGUCGCAGGGGAGCUUGGUUACUUCUACCGCCGGCGGCGGCGGUGGUGCUGGUGGGGGUGCGGGAGGAUUCAGUUCGAGAGAGGGGAGUCCCCGGUCGGAGAGAGCUGUGCCGGUCGCCGGGAUGGAUGGAGCUGGGGCUGGGUCGCCUUAUGGCGCUGUCGGUGUGCCGGCGCACUUGGGGCAUGCGAGGGUGGGUUCGGGGUUGUCGCUGUGGAGCUUCUCGGAGGAGGCUGGUGAGGAUUGGGGAGGUUAUGGUGGUGGUGGUGGUGGUGAGAGGGGGAGUGCGAGCCCGGUGGCGGGGCUUGCGAGCGGCGGGUUGGCCAUGUCGACGGUGCUACCGCCUCGCCCGGGGAGUGCGGGCGCGGUGGUGAACGGUGCUGGUGGGACGAGUGUGCAUGGCAAUGGGGUGGUUGUCUCGCCGCUCCCACAGCGGCCGCAAUCGCUCUUCAUCCCGCCGCAGGCGCCGCUGCCGGCUCCAUCGCCGGGGAGUGGGCAGGUGGGCGGCAGCGUAUGCUCGCCUGUGCUGGAGGGGGAGGAGCAUGAGGACGAGGCUGCUGAUGGGUUCAGGUUGGCGCCUGCACUGCCGGUAAUGCCGAGCGGUUCUGCUGAGGUGCGGGGAUGAGUGUGAUGGUCUGCUCACGGAUUGAGCAGCGGGAGGAAGGGAGGAUAUCCGACGUGGGGUUUCUUACUUUAUAACGCGGACAGACGGGAAGAAGGCGUAUAUGCAUAGGUUGGCCUAACUGGUAUGGAGUUGAAGGGGUAGCACAAUGCAUCGGCUGUCUUGUAUAUAUUUGGCGGGCUACGCAGGGCUAGCGGUGCAUGGUACCCGGUUGGUUAGAAUGUGGCUUAUGGUAUAUAGGAUUGGAUACGAAGUAUUCAGGG